CAUUGUCGCCUGGAGUAUUUUAGCAAAUCUUCGAACAUGUCGCUGGAUAGUGAGUUGUCAUAUGCACAUCGUGAUGGGCGAUUGCUGGAAAUUAUUGACGAAAACUGGCAGAAGGACAAACUACCUAACGACGAAAUUGCUGUUCCAGAAUUUGAACUUCCACCUGUGGACGACAGUGACCACAAUGGAGCCACAGACUCCCUAAAAGAGCAAGAACAGAAAUGGACAGAUCUUGGAAUCCAGCAACUACAGGAGUCACCACAGCACACUGGAAACUAAAUGAAAACAUUGUAUUUGACAAAAUGCUAGUUACUAAGAAAGCUAGGGAAGAGAAAAACAAAUCCAUCGAUAUAAAGUUAGAGAUGGUUUUAGUUCCCUAUGAAACCAUGAUAAUUUAAGUUUACAUAUUUCCUUUUCCUACAAAUAAAUUAAUUAACCCUUUACACCCUAACAUCAGUAUGCAUAUUCUCCAUACUGAUCUCUGUACAUUUCCCAAGGUGCUGACAAGGAGAAUUAGCUUAACAAUCCAGAGCUUCUGUAGUUAAUGAUCAUUUCCAUUAUCCUCAUGACUUUAGUGUGUGAUUCAGGGGUGAUAUUGUGAGGAGAAUUUAGAUGCUAAUCACUCUUAGACAUUAAAGGGUUAAGCAAUAGACUGCACUUCCUAUUGGUUUACUGGCAAAAUAACACACUUAGGAUGUUGGGAAAACAUGAAAAGUUUGUGGUAAAUUAUGAGUGGUGUACUCAUUAAAUACUGCCCCACAGAGAAAAGUGAAAGAUUUGCUGCAAGCACAGGAAUAAGUACUACCAGUUGCAAAGACUAUUGAGAUUAAAAAGUUGUUUGGGUUGGAAGAAGAGCAUGUAAGAUUAACCAACAAGGUGUUAUGACUAUAAUAGUAACAUCUGAGAACAUAGUGCACAGUUUCUCUGUUUCUGAAUUGCCUGUACCUGCCAUUUACAUUACUUUUCGUAACCUUUUUCACACAGAAUUUAUUACGACAAAUUUUCAAAAGAACCUGUGUUGAGUUUUAUUUUUUUUUUUCAAGGAUUUUUUUUAAGUACAAACUCUAGAGGCCAAAAAGUUACUUAACAACCAUCAGUAUUACUACUGGGUAACAAGAACACCUAAACAUGCAGUAACAAUGCACUUAGUAUGAAAAUAAUUUACAUAUGAAAUGUAUAAAAUUUGACAUAAAAUAUGUUUUGAAAAUGUAAAGUGUAUCUUGACUCAUGCCUGUACAAUGAACGGUAAUAAAGAUAAAUUUGAAAAU